AUGCGUUGGUCAGCGCCGCCGCCCCUCGGCCUGAAUCGCCCCGGCCUCGCGCCCUGCAGGUUGAUCCUCUGCUGCUCCGGCAGCUCGGGGUCCAUGGCCAGUAUGAGCAAGCUGGCCGUGGGGAUGGUCUUGCUGGCGUAUCUCUCGCCGGUGAGAAAGAGCGGGCGGGCGAGUGGCGAAGGACUGGAGCGCGGCGGGGAUGUGCUCGGCGACGGCGACGACGGAUUGGUUCAUGGAGAUGUCGCGCCCCCUCCAUGGCCAUCCGCCACCGCGCCCCCGCCAGGGCCAUCCUCCGCCGCACCCCUACCGAGGCCACCUGCAGCCGCGCCCCCGCCAAGGCCAUCCUCCACCGCGCCCCUAUUGCCAGGGCUAGCCACGACCGCGCCAUGGGCACUCACCGCGCACCCGCCAAGGGAAGCCGCCGCGCCCCUACCCCAUGCACCACGGGCAGCCGCCCCGACGCCCCUACGCCACGCCUAG